AUGAUUCCAGGAGUCAACCAUUUUGCGACAGCAACGACGACGACGAAAUGGCAAAAUCAUGACACUAAAAUGGGAUUUAAGGAGCUCCGGAGAGCAUCGCCAUGUUCAUCGCUUCGCCAGCUAUACAACGAAUCUCAGCGCGGGAACUGCGGAGAUAGGUAUACACCAACUUUACGUCGUGUCAAGAGUUUUUACAAUCCACCCAAAGAUUUUGCCCUUGUUUUCGCAAUUUCUCUCUUGAGUCAUAAAGACUCGAUGGUCGAGGUAAAAAUUGAUACGUCAAAAUUCGUGAUUACAGUUGAGGUACCAUUGCGAAUACAUAAUCCUUACCAGUCAGUGCCGAUGGGGAAAAUUCUGGAAAGGGAGGAAUUAGAGUGUCCGGAAUGCGGUAGAGAGUUUAUGGGAGAGUACGGAGUGGAGGAUCUGGCAUGGCAUUUCAAUAAUGUGCAUUGGAAGAGAAGGGUGGAGAGAAAAAAAUGCAUGAGUAUGGGUUAG